GAGCUUUUUCCAUUUUGUGUAAAGUGCUGCGUUUUAUGCCUUGGCGAGCAAGGAGAUUUGCGUGUUGUACACGCAGAAGAUUGUUACAAGAAAAAGGUGUAUAUAUACACAUAUCGUCUCUCAGCUUGCAGAGAAAGGAAAGAGAAGUAGAUAAACAAGGAAAGAGAAGAGACUUCUUUGCAGAGAAACGAGGAUUCAGGAAGAGAUGGAAAGCCAGAAGGAGCCACAAGCUGCAGUUUCUACGACAUCUUCUUGCAGGAAGUAUGCCAAUGAUGACAACGCCACUUUCCUUGCAAACCUCAAAGACCACUUUAACGAGUUCAUCAAUGCCUCUAUGGACGAACACAAGACUUGCUUCAAAAACACCAUCGACAAGAUAUUCGGGAGGUCAAAGGAGGUUGAGGCCAAGGAAGUCGACAGUCGCCCUCCUCUUUAGGCAGCAGAUUCAACUUGAACUUGUCGUUCUUCUCUGAGCUUCAAUGUUCCUUUGCACAACUUGCAAGUUUUUUUUUCAUUAUUAUCUUAGCUGAACUGUUUCUAUCAUGUUGCAAAAAUUCUCAAGUGUUGGGGGUGUUAAUAUAAUCAACGAACCCGCUUUCUAACC